AGCGUGGGAAAGUUGUCCAUGGUGAAUGUGCCACGUCUGCUAGGAAAGGGGGAGUCAUGACUUGCCAGAGGCUGUUGUCUUUAAGUCUUCAACUACUUUCUUAACUCUAUGAGGUCGGGGGCCCUUUCUGUGUUUUUGUAGCAACUUCUUUCCUGCCCUGGCAACAUGAGGCUUUUCUUGUGGAAUGCAGUCCUGACACUGUUAGUAACUUGUUUGAGUGGGGCUCUCAUCCCAGAACCAGAAGUGAAGAUUGAAGUUCUCCAGAAGCCGUUUAUCUGCCAUCGCAAGACCAAAGGAGGGGAUUUGAUGUUGGUCCACUAUGAAGGCUACUUAGAAAAGGACGGCUCCUUAUUUCACUCCACUCACAAACAUAACAAUGGUCAGCCUGUUUGGUUCACCCUGGGCAUCCUGGAGGCUCUCAAAGGUUGGGACCAGGGCUUGAAGGGAAUGUGUGUAGGAGAGAAGAGAAAGCUCACCAUUCCUCCUGCCUUGGGCUAUGGAAAAGAAGGAAAAGGUAAAAUUCCCCCAGAGAGUACACUGAUAUUCAACAUUGAUCUCCUGGAGAUUCGAAAUGGACCAAGAUCCCAUGAGUCAUUCCAAGAAAUGGAUCUUAAUGAUGACUGGAAACUCUCUAAAAAUGAGGUUAAAGUGUAUUUAAAGAAGGAGUUUGAAAAGCACGGUGCAGUGGUGAAUGAAAGUCAUCAUGAUGUUUUGGUAGAGGAUAUUUUUGAUAAAGAAGAUGAAGACAAAGAUGGAUUUAUAUCUGCCAGAGAAUUUACAUAUAAACACGAUGAAUUAUAGACACACGUCUCCCAUUUUACAUGGCAUCCAUCCUUAAAAGCAAGGGCAGUCAUCCUGAAAGAAAGUCUUAUUUGUUAACUAUGUUCCGUUCAUGCUUUGUUUUAUUUUUAUAUAUUUUUCUGAAUAUUAUUUGAGGAAUCCCUUAGGGCUUCUAAGUACAUUUAUUUCUGGUAAGUUAUUGGGAAUAAAAAGUUGAUCUGUUUUUGAAGAGAAGACUUCUGGGCCAUUUUUCACUUUCACAUGUGAAGCCAUAUGUUUUACUUGCAUACAUGUAAUUUUAAAAUAUUGCAACCAGGAGCGUGCCCAACAUAAGAACAGGUUAUAGCACAGAUCAGCACCCUCUAUUUCUUUUUCCUUCAUCUCCAAGUUAGAUGCUGAUAUUUGAAAAGCCUUUAGCAAUAACCCAAGGCUUAUUAUUUUCAUGUUGUAAUGAAACAGUGUGCCUGUUACUGCUUUUAAGUCUCUGCUUGAGGAAAACAGGAAAAUGGUUGUUGAGCUCUACUUCUAAGUUACUGCUUUACUGUGGAGAUGUGCAAUGCUGAAGUGAGUAACAAAAUUCAUAAUUUAUAAAUGUUUACAUUGAAAUAUUCUGCUUGGGAUUUAAGCUACAUAACUAGCAAUGAAUGACCUACCAUGAUUAACAGAACAAAUUAUUUAUGUGUUUAUUUCUUCAUAAUAAAAUGUGUCAAAAUAUUGCAAACGAGGUGAAGAGUUGGAUUGAGUCACUGUUUACUUUUUAAGGCUAGCAGAUCACCCUUCCUCAUUCUUUAAUUGAUAAAUGUCUAUAACUGAUGUGUUAUACUACAGUAACAUUAUCUUAUAAGAGAAAUUAAUGAUACAAUAAAAAAUUUCCCAUUUCUGCCUCAUCAAAAAAAAUGAGGCAGACCCAGAGCAGCUAUUUUUUUUUUAAUUUUUAUUGAAGAAUAGUUGCUUUACAAUGUUGUGUUAGUUCACAGCAGCUACCUUUGAAUAGAGGUCUGUCCAGAGUCAAAAGUUGAUGAUUUUAUAAUUUUAUCUUAAAUUGGAAUUCUUCCUUAAUACUUUUUAAAAAUACCCAAACCUCAUUUGCUAAAAGUUUACAAAGUGAUCUCAAGGGCAUCAUUGUCUGAUUCUCACUAAGUCUAUGAAAAAAAGAGAUCUUACUGUACCUAUUUUAUAAAUGAGGACGUUGUCAUUCAGAGAGAUUGAUUGUUGUGCCCAAGGUCAAUCAAUAACUGACUUGUAGACCCAGACUUCAGUCCCCAAGUUAAGUAUCUUUCUACUGCCCUCUAGUAUUGAAAAGGAGUCUCUUCAGUUUGCUCUCCUAGUAGUCAACUCUUUUUUGUCCUUGGAUCCUUAUCCUUUUAAGAUAGUUAACUGGCCGUAUAUGGCGCUUUUGAAUUCCCAUGAUCCAGAAAUGUCUCUGGUCUCAUUGAAUAAUCUUAGGGUGAGCACUGAAUUGCCUCAAAAACCCUAGGGGUGAGAGGGUCCAGGUGUGUGUCUUAAUCCUUUCAUUCCUGUUUACCUCUGGGUGGUUUGUAUGUUAUUUUAAUACUUAUGAACAAUUACUACAUCAUAUGUGGACUACUUUCACCGAUUAUAUAUUGACAUUUUCAUCACUAAAACAGGAAGUUCUUGGGAAGAACAUAAAUAACACCUUUCUCUGAUGAAGUCACCUAUAUUUAGAAAACUGUUGUCACUGCUGUUUUCCUCAACUUGAAGGAAAAUACAGAAAAUACACAAUACAGAAAGCUUUGCACUGUAUUAUUGAGGGAAAGAAAGUAGCUUGUCAUCCCGUGCUAUAUUGUAUAAACAUUACUGGUGAUGCUAUCUAUGGUGGAGGAGGAAAGGGAAAAGAAUUUUGGUUAUUCAGGGAGCAUAUCAUUUAUCUUGUAUGAAUUUGGAUCAAUUUCCACCUAAAUAUUUAGGUACAAGUAUGAAAUGACAGCAUAUAAAUAGGUUAUGGUUGUUUUUACAUUAUCUGCCUGUUUAGUGUAGCAGCAGCUUUGCACGUUUUCAUUCGUAAGAACAAUCAGACAUGAACUGUGACUCCACUUGUAUAUAAUUUGCCUCAGUAAUACUGAUAAGAUGUGUUAUAUUUAAAUUUCUACAACUCUGUUGUGGUAUUCUUUUCAAAAUAAAGUUUACUUGGGAAAUAA